AUGACGUGCCUUUCAAGCAAUAUGAAUCGGACAUUGUCAUCUGAACUUACAAACGACACGACCAGCUCAUUUUCGUUUUCUCCUGAACCAGAAGCAUGGAGAGUUAUCCGCACGGUCUUGUUCAGUCUGAUAGCAGCUCUAGCCUUAGUUGGAAAUUAUGUGGUGUGUCGAGCAGUGUGGAGACACACCGGAGCUAAACCGAUUGCUCAUUACUUAGUCGGCAACUUGGCUUUUGCCGAAAUCGUCAGCAUGGUGUGUUUGGUUUUGACUUUUCACGCCCGCGAGCCACCUUGGUCUUGGAAGCUUGGACAUGCCAUGUGCAAGAUGCUUCCUCCACUACAGAUAGCAAGUCUACUCAUCAUUACAACAACCUUGGCUACCCUUGCCGUCUAUCGUUGCGUGCUGCUGACUAAACCUCUCAUACACAAACCAACACGCAAACAAAUUUAUGGUUAUGCUCUUGUCUGUUGGGUGGGGUCUGUUGUACUAGUAAUCCCCGCAGGGUAUUUUCGUGUCUUGAAUUCCUGGGGUGAAAACUGCAAGUUACUUAUUUGCCAAGAAGUAUUUCCCGAAAGCCUAAAACAUUACCAGGAUGUUUACUCAAUCAUCCUCUUUGUAGUCAACUUUGCCCUGCCAUUUGUAAUCAUGGCCUUAUCUUACUCUUUGGUGAGAAAGAAAAUCAGAGAACACAUCUUUGUUGUUCAAAGGCUUCGCGACGAGCAGAGCAACGCACUCUCAUCGGUGACCCAGCCUUCAACUUCUACUGAAGAGAUACAAGCAAUAGGGGACAUAAACCAAAUAGAGCAUGAGAAUCAGAUGACAUUUAAACUGGUAAAAAUAGAAAAUGGGGUUAAUAUAGAAAAGGUUGUCAAAAAACCACAAAGAAGGGUAAAAUUUGCACGAAAGAUCAGCGGAAAAAAAUCAUUCCCUCAAACCCUUUUGACGAAAAACUGUAAAACAGCUUUGGAACUAGAGAACGAUUUGGUCCGAAUGGUUUACGCUUUGGUGUUGGUUUUUGUGGUUUGCUACAUUCCAUAUCAGAUUCAGUUUCUUUUGAUGGAAUUCAAUGUGAAGGCGUUCAUGUAUUGGCCUCAUCGUUACAUAUUUGAUAGGCUUGUUUAUACAUUAACUUGUUUACCAAGUGCCUUACAACCAGUAUUUUACGGAAUGAUGAGUCAGUUUUACCGCAAAGCCUUUAUUAGAAUGAUUGCUUGUAGAGAUUCCAGAUAA